AUGAAGUGUAAACGCGUUUAUCCAAAUAAUAUUUGUAGAGCACAUACAUUUUACUGCGCAUCCGCCUAUGUUGUUCGUAAUUCGACAGUAGCUAGAAAAUUAAUUAACUGGUCUAACACAGAAGCACCACAAGGGGCUGAUGCAUUUUGGGGUCCAUAUAUACGCAAUGGUUCACUUAUAGUAUAUGCUGCAUAUCCAAAUCAUAUUGCCAUACAAUACAGAAGCAAAUUCGGAAGUGAUGUUCCACAAUCAGGACCUAUUAAGUUAUUAGUAAGUAUUACAUUCGAAGAAAUACAAUUAAGAUCUCAUUCUACAUUUGUUUUCAUAGGUCAAACAAUUCGAUCAACAUCUGGAUGUUCGGUUGCACUCUGUCCAACAAGAAAUAAUACAAAUAGCUCUUGUUCAUUAGCCAACACACAGAUGUGCUAUGCCUAUACAGUUACAGCGACUAAUCAAACAUUCUGUGGUCCUUCAGCUCCAUGUUCACUUUUUGAACCAUGUAUUAACAAUAUCUGCUCUUCAAAUACUAGUAUUUGUUUAUCCAGUGUAUGUUGUGCUCAACCAAUCUGUAUGUCUAUCAGCUUGGGUGUUAUAAAUUGUAAUGCAAGUAUUCCAACUAUACUACCAGCUCAGUGCUAUAACCACAUUGUCAACUCUGAUGAGACACGCAAUGUAGCAUAUACUCAAUCAACUAGCAUGUGUGAUCGAACAGAAUUCGCAACUCCAAAAUGGGUUCGAUUUAGUGGAUCAGCUGGUACUCAACUAGCUACGUGGGUCUCAGAAAUGAAUCUUUGUGGCACAUCUUAUCCAGGUUAUGCCAAUCAGACACUUCCAACGCACAGUAAACGAGUAAUGUCAAACAAAAAAAGUGAAAAUGUUCUUGAAAUACCACAUCUUGAUAUUCUACUACUUAUUGUUGGUACCAGAGGUGAUGUUCAACCAUUCAUUGCUCUCGGUCGUGUACUUUUAGCAGCUGGUCAUCGUAUUCGUUUAGCUACACAUGAAACAUUUCGUAAAUUUGUUCGAGAAAAUGGUCUAGAAUUUUAUCCAUUAGCUGGUGAUCCAGAGUAUUUAAUGUCUUUUAUGGUGAAAAAUUCAGGUAUUAUUCCUUCAGUAAGUAGUAUUGCUGCAGGUGAUCUAGCAAAAAAUCGUCAUGUUUUAACUGAAAUUCUUGCUUCAACAUGGCGUGCUUGUACUGCUGAAGAUGAUGAAACAGGAAAACCAUUUACAGCUGAAGCUAUUAUUGCUAAUCCACCAUCAUUUGGUCAUAUACAUUGUGCACACAAAUUACAAAUACCUCUACAUAUUAUGUUUACAAUGCCAUGGUCACCAACAACUGCUUUUCCACAUCCAUUAGUUAAUGUUGAUUAUUCGAAAGCAACUAUUGAAAAAGUUAAUAUGUUAUCUUAUAGUGCAAUUGAAAUGUUUACUUGGUCGAGUAUGCGUGAUAUUGUGAAUGAAUUUCGUAAUGAAACAUUAGGUUUACCUGCAUUGCAUACUCGUCAAGCAACAUAUAUGAUGAUUGAUGAAUGUGUCCCAUAUACAUAUUGUUGGUCACCAACACUUGUUCCUAAACCAGAUGAUUGGGCAUCACAUAUUAAUGUUUCAGGAUUUUUCUUUCUUGAUCAUGAUGCUACUGCUGAUAAAAAACAACCUGAUGAUCUAGUUAAAUUUCUUGGUCUUAAUAAUCAUCAUCAUCGAAAUGAAUCAUUACCACCAAUAAUAUAUAUUGGUUUUGGUUCAAUUACAGGACAUGAUUCUGAUCGUAUUCUUCAUGUUGUACUUGAAGCACUUGAAAAAACUGGCUAUCGUGCCGUAUUAUCUGGUCUUGCUAAAGAUGAUGAUAAAUUACCAAAAAAUGUUUUUAAAAUUGACAAUGUUUCACAUAAUUGGCUUUUUUUACAUGUAUCAGCUGUAUGUCAUCAUGGUGGAGCAGGUACAACUGCUGCUGGUCUUCGUGCUGGUAAACCAACUAUUAUUAUACCAUUUUUUGGUGAUCAAUUCUUUUGGGGUAAUGUUAUUGAAAAGAAUGGUGUUGGUCCUCGUGCAUUACCAGGAAAAGAUCUAACUGCUGAUGAUUUAGCUGAAGCUUUUAAAUUUGUUCAUGAACCAAAAGUUCGAGCUGCUGCUGAACAUAUACGUGAUGCUAUAUUAAGAGAAAAUGGAUGUAAAGAAGCAUUACGUGCAUUUCAUAAUCAUUUACCUAUAUCUCGAAUGCGAAGUGAUCUUGAAUCAACUUAUAAUGCAUGUUAUCGAUUAGAUGAAUUUCAUUUACAAAUAUCGAGACGUGUUGCUCAAGUACUUGUUAUAUCAGGUCGUAUUGAACCAACACAAUUACAUCUAAAUUCAACUCGUUAUUGGCCUUCAAUUUAUGAUAAUCGUAUUCAUUUACCAUUUCAUGGCAUUAUGAAACAUACUCAAAAAGGUGUUGUACAAAUAUUUUCUGAUACAACUACUGGCUUUAAACAAGCUAAACAUUCUGAUACUUGGACAAAGAGUUGUUUAUCAUUAUAUGGAGAAUUGACAGAUGUAUUGAAUGCUGCUCCAUCAUAUUAUGAUCCUUACGAUGAAUCUUCACAUCAUUCACGACCAUAUGUGGUUGAUUUUAAUACGGGUAUUAAUACAGCUAUUUCCGCUCUUGUUGACGGUUGGAAAGAUGGUAUUACAGAUAUUGUUACUAAACCACGUACUGGUUAUGAACGUCAUGGAAAAUUAGGUAGUGUAGCUGGAUUAUUAAUUGGUGUUGCGAAUGGUUUAUUAAAACCUGUUGUUGGAACUCUUUCAUCAUUGACUUGGCUUUGUCGUGGUAUUUCUGCUAAUAUAAAGAAUCAAACAUUAGUCGGUAAAGGACUCGAAGCAUCCACUGUUAAUACACUUGGUCUUGAUUCAUUAUCAUCAACUAAGACUCAUGGAGAACAAAAACAACAUUAUAAUAAUGAUAUUAAACAAGCUAUUAAAAUUGCAUCGAUUACAUCGGGUUUUUCACCUGAUGUAUGUCAACAGAUUAUAAUCGAAUUUGAUUCUAUAAAAAAUCACAAUAUUGAUCAUCGUUCGUAUAAGCAUAAAUCAUGA